GAUUUAAUCGCGAAAAGUUUAUCAGUGCAAUGACGAAUGUAUCCCUUGAGGUUAUCGACGGCGACAAUUUCUCUCUCCGGCAAACUUUUAUCAUAGAGAGGUUAGAGGCAGCCAUGGCGGAUGAAGAAGACGAGUUACCGGAGACAGAACUAAGUUACGACCAGAGGAAGGAAAUCGCAAAGUGGUUUCUCCUCAACGCUCCCGCCGGAGAAAUCAAUUACGUCGCUAAAGAUUUAAAGGCGGUUUUGAGCGAUGAGGAAGUCUACAAUGAAGCAGCCAUGGAAGCAUUUCCAGUGUACAACAAAUCUCACAUGAUUUGCCUUGAAAUGCCCAGUAGGGCUGGUGAUGUGAUUGUGUCAUCUUACAGUGAAAUUACUGAAAAUGAGUACCUUGAUCCAAGAACUGCCCAGGUUGCCAUAGUUGAUCAUGUUAAACAGAUUUGUACAAAGGUACGGCCUGCAAAUGAUGAAGAACUUCCGUCUUUGUAUAUUGAGGAGUACAGAUAUGCUCUUGAUGCUGAAAUCCAGAGAUAUGUUAGUGAAUCUUAUCCGAAAGGUAUGUGUGCAGUUAAUUGUGUGAAGGGGAAAGAUACUGAGGGUCCAGGGUCCGACUUUGAGCUUGUUGUUAUAAUUACUGCCAUGAGACUUAGUCCCCAGAACUUCUGUAAUGGAAGUUGGAGAUCUGUAUGGAACAUAGAUUUCCAGGAUGAAUCCCAGGUGCUUGACAUAAAAGGGAAAUUGCAGGUAGGAGCUCAUUAUUUUGAAGAGGGAAAUGUGGAAUUAGAUGCAAAAAAAGAUUUCCAAGAUUCAACAAUAUUUCAGUCUGCGGAUGACUGCGCGAUGGCCAUAGCCAAUAUUAUCAGGCACCAUGAAACAGAGUACCUUGCAUCUCUAGAGGUAGCUUAUUCAAAAUUACCGGAUAACACUUUUAAGGAUUUGAGGAGGAAACUGCCGGUGACACGAACUCUGUUCCCAUGGCAGAACACUUUACAGUUCAGCCUGACAAGGGAGGUUGAGAAAGAACUUGGACUUGGCAAGUGACCAAUCAUCAACUCGCAACCUUGAGUUUUCUUUUCGUUGUCAAGUUUCUGUGAUUUCCAUUAUGUAAGUGAAGGGAAAAGUAUCAUAUUGAUAUUAUUAUUUUUGUUGUA